AUAAAAUUAGUACAACCAAACCAACUACAAUGUAUGUUAUGUAACACAAGUUUGAUUUCACACUUGUUCUUGUUCUUUCUUUCAUUUCAAAAAUCUAUCAAAUUUCAACUAUUAGGGUUUCUUUUUGAAAUGUGGAGGGAUUCCAUCACCAAUGGAACCGUCUCAACAAUCUCAAUCACAUUUGAUUUCUUCUCAUGUUCAACAUAUUUCCCCUGUUUCCAACCAUCAUCCUCCUGAACCAUCAGAUCUCAAUCAAUUGGCCCAGCUUGAUGAUGAGCUUCAGAACAAGUUGGAUUUGAAAGAUGAGGAUGUAAUUGAGGAAAAAGGUUCAAACUUUGAAGUUGGUCAUGAAGUUGCUGUUCUAGAAUCUGAUAAGGGACAAGGGUGUCAUGAUGAUGAUGAGAAUGUGAAUGAGAAGGUUAGUACUGAUGUUGAUGAAGUUGGUGGAAUUGAUGAUAAAGGUUCAAACUUUGAAGUUGAUGAUGAAACAUCUGCCACAGUAUCUGAGAAGGGACAAGGGUUUCAUCAAGUUGAUGUUGAUGAUGAUGAUGGUUGGAAUGGUGAUUAUGAUGGUUGGAAUGAUGAUAAUGAGGUGAGUGAUUGGAUUGAGAAUGAGGUGAGUGGAGAUGUUGAUGAAAGAAGCAAUGGUGGAGCUGAACAGUAUCCAUUGAGGCCUGAAGCUGAAGACUGUUCUUUUUAUCUCAAGACUGGAACUUGCAAAUUUGGAUUCAAUUGCAAGUUUAAUCACCCUCUUGGGAGAAGAAACCAGGUUUUUAGAGAGAGGGCAGGAGAAAGAGAUGAAUUGGAGGAAAGAUCAAGCCAGACAGAAUGCAAGUAUUAUUCAAGAUCUGGGGGUUGUAAGUUUGGAAAGGAUUGUAAAUUUGAUCACACCAGAGGAAAAUUUUCAGCAGAUCAAGUUUUAGAGCUUAACUUCCUUGGCCUACCUAUUCGUUUGGGUGAGAAAGAAUGCCCUUAUUACAUGCGCACCGGUUCUUGUAAGUUUGGAGCAAACUGCAAGUUUAAUCAUCCCGAUCCUACAUCUGUUGGAGGGUAUGACUCCACUGCAGGAUAUGGUAAUGGAAGUACUACUUCAUUGCAAGACGUGUCACAAUCAUCUACACCCCCAUGGUCUUCUACCAGAAAAUUCAAUGAAACUGCUCCUUUUGUGCCAAUCAUAAUUUCACCGACUCCAGGGGCUUCUCCCCGAAGUUCUGACUGGAAUGGAUAUCAGGCACCUUUCUAUUUAUCUGAGAGGAGUAUGCAUCCACCUUCACCAUAUGCCGUGAACAACCCAGCUAUGGAAAUGAAUGCUUAUAUGCACCGUCAUAAGCAUACACCAGUUGAAGAGUUUCCAGAAAGACCUGGCGAACCCGAAUGCAGUUUCUUCUUAAAAACUGGGGAUUGCAAAUUUAAAUCCCAUUGCAAAUUUCAUCAUCCAAAGAAUCGGAUUACAAAAUUACCUCCAUGCAACCUAAGUGACAAGGGUCUGCCUUUGAGACCUGGCCAGAAUGUGUGCACUCAUUACAGCCGGUAUGGAAUUUGCAAAUUUGGACCAGCUUGUAAGUAUGACCACCCGAUAAACCUACCGCCCCCAACUAUGCCUGGACGUUAUCAACAAUCCUCUCACACAAACUCGGCUAGUAUUGAGGAGGCUGGAAGUGCAGGAGCUAGUGAUGCAACAAUUUGAUAGCUUUGAGGAUUAAAACAUUUUCUAUCAAGGAUCUUAUGGUUUUGAGCAUGUAUACCAUCCAUAUUUUGUGAUUUUCAUCUUUAACAUGAUUACUUUAUUUAACUUCACUGGUUAUGCCUGAUGUGGCACAAGCUUUUUGCGGAAUAGCUAUAUAUAAUAUAUAUCAAGACAUAUCACCUCAGCAGUUGUAGAUUAUCUGUUGGUUCCGGUUUGUUACCUCUCUUGGAUUAGUAUUGGAUUAUAGUUGUGCUGGUGUGAAAUUUUUGUGAAUAUGUAUUUUCUUGUUUAUGUAUUAUGGUUGCCAAUGAAAUGUUGAACUUUAGUUGCGACAAAA